AUGUCAGCCAAAAUUGAGCGUAUAUUUGCUGGUCCUGCUUUGAAAGUGGCCAAUUUUUUAGACAAGCUCCCCAAAAUUUACAAUGUUUGGUUUAUCGCUAGUAUCUCAACCAUUGCUGGUUUAAUGUUUGGGUUUGACAUUUCAUCCAUGUCAGCAUUCAUCGGAGCCGAGGCAUAUUCAAACUAUUUCCAUCACCCGGGCUCAACAAUGCAGGGGUUCAUUACCGCUGCUAUGGCAUUGGGAUCCACAUUUGGCUCAAUUGCAUCUUCAUUUGUCUCUGAGCCUUUUGGAAGAAGAUUAUCGCUUUUGAUUUGUUCCUUGUUUUGGAUUAUUGGCGCUGCUAUACAAUCCUCAGCACAAAAUGUAUCCAUGUUAAUCGCUGGUCGUAUCAUUUCUGGAUUGGGUGUUGGUUUCGGCUCCUCAGUUGCUCCUAUAUAUGGUGCUGAGAUCUCGCCACGUAAAAGAAGAGGUGCGGUCAAUGGUCUUUUCCAAUUAUCAGUUGCUACGGGUAUCAUGAUUAUGUUUUAUUUCUGCUAUGGUGUGGGCCACAUUAAAGGUGUGGGUAGUUUCAGAAUUGGUUGGAGAUUUCAAAUUGUCCCUGGAGCUCUUUUGUUGCUUGGAUGUCUUAUCAUUCCUGAAUCUCCACGUUGGUUGGCAAAGCAAGGUAAGUGGGAACAAGCUGAAAUGAUUGUUUGCAAGAUACAAGCUCGGGGAAACUCUGAAGACGAAGAGGUGUUGAUUGAAAUUGCAGAGAUUAAGGAGCAGUUGUUGAUUGACAACGAAGCAAAGUCUGUGGGAUAUGCAACCUUGUUUAAGAAAAAGUUUAUUUCGAGAACAAUUACUGCAAUCUUUGCCCAGAUUUGGCAGCAAUUGACAGGAAUGAAUGUUAUGAUGUACUACAUUGUGUACAUUUUCCAAAUGGCGGGAUAUAGUGGAAAUGCCAACUUGAUUGCCUCAUCUAUUCAGUAUGUCUUGUUUGUUGCAUGCACCAUUCCGGCAUUGUUUUUCUUUGACAAGUUUGGAAGAAGACCCGUUUUGAUUGUUGGUGCGAUUUUGAUGAUGGCAUUCCAAACUGGUCUUGCUGGUAUCUUGGGUGCGUAUGCAGUACCAUGGGCCGACUCUGGUAACGAGUCCGUCAACAUCAAGAUUCCUGCUGAAAACAAAGCUGCGUCAGCGGGAGCUAUCGCAUGUUGUUACUUGUUUGUUUGUUCCUUUGCUGCCACUUGGGGUGUCGGUAUUUGGGUUUACUGUGCUGAAGUUUGGGGUGACAAUAGAAUCUCGCAAAGAGGAAACUCUUCGUCUACUUGUGCUAAUUGGGUUGUCAAUUUUGCUAUUGGAAUGUACACCCCCUCAGGGUUUAGAACAAUCAGUUGGAGGACAUACAUCAUUUAUGGAGUUUUCUGUCUCGCCAUGGCAAUACAUGUCUACUUUGGGUUCCCAGAGACCAAAGGUAAGAGAUUAGAGGAAGUGGGACAAAUGUGGGAUGAAAAGGUUCCAGCUUGGAGAUCAGCUUCAUGGACACCUACUAUUCCACUCACUGGUGAUUCUGAACUGUUGAGAAAAUUGAGCGUUGACCAUGUUGAAAAUGUUGACGCAAAGGAAAGCGAAAGAGUUGUUGUCGAUAAUGUCAGCUCUGGUGAAAGUCUCAACUAG